UCCAGCGGUUACGCCUUCAGCUUCACCAGCGACCCCGAGGCCAUCCACAUGAUGAGGAAAUGGGAAGGGGGGGACCCGGGCGUGGCCAAUCAGAAGACGCCCACCAGCCUCCUGCUGACCCCGGAGGGGACAUUCCACAGCUUCGGCUACACCGCCCGCGAUUCCUACCACGACCUGGACCCCGAGGAGGCCCGCGAGUGGUUCUACUUCGAGAAGUUUAAGAUGAAGAUCCACAGCACCAGUGAUCUGACCAUGAAAACCGAGCUGGAAGCCGUCAAUGGGAAGAAGAUGCCGGCGCUGGAGGUGUUCGCCCACGCCCUGCGCUUCUUCAAGCAGCACGCGGUGCAGGAGCUGAAGGACCAGUGCCCGUCCCUGCCCGAGAGCGACGCCAUCCGCUGGGUCCUCACCGUGCCGGCCAUCUGGAAGCAGCCGGCCAAGCAGUUCAUGAGGGAAGCGGCCUACAAGGCCGGGCUGGUGUCCCCGGAGACGCCGGAGCAGCUCCUGAUCGCGCUGGAGCCCGAGGCCGCCUCCAUUUACUGCCGGAAGCUGCGGCUGCACCAACUGAUCGAGCUGAGCUGCCGGGCCCCGGCCAACGGGGCCGAGCCCCCCCAGCCCAUCGACUCCAGCUUCCGGCAGGCCCGGGAGCAGCUCCGGCGAUCCCGGCACAGCCGAACCUUCCUGGUGGAGUCGGGAGUGGGCGAGCUCUGGUCGGAGAUGCAGGCAGGUGACAGGUACAUCGUGGCCGACUGUGGAGGAGGGACCGUGGAUCUGACCGUGCACCAGAUUGAGAAGCCGCAGGGGACGCUGAAGGAGCUCUACAAAGCCUCGGGAGGUCCCUACGGGGCCGUGGGCGUGGACCUGGCUUUCGAGAAGCUCCUGUGCCACAUCUUUGGGGACGAUUUCAUCGCCACCUUCAAGGCCAAGCGUCCUGCUGCCUGGGUGGACCUGACCAUCGCCUUCGAGGCGCGGAAGCGAGCGGCCGCCCCGAGCCGCUCCAGCCCCCUCAACAUCUCCCUGCCCUUCUCCUUCAUCGAUUUCUACCGCAAACACCGCGGCCACAACGUGGAGACCGCGCUCCGCAAGAGCAAUGUCAACCUGGUGAAGUGGUCGUCCCAAGGGAUGCUGCGGAUGUCCCCCGAGGCCAUGAACGAGCUGUUCCAGCCAACCAUCACCCACAUCAUCCAGCACAUCGACACCCUCCUGAAGAAACCCGAGGUUCAAGGCAUCAAAUUCCUCUUCCUGGUGGGCGGCUUCGCCGAGUCGGCCAUGCUGCAGCGGGCGGUGCAGGCUUCCUUCGGCCACCGCUGCCGGGUCAUCGUCCCGCAGGACGUGGGGCUGACCAUCCUCAAAGGGGCCGUGCUCUUCGGCCUCGACCCCGGCGUGGUGAGGGUGCGCCGCUCCCCCCUUACCUACGGCGUGGGGGUCCUCAACAAAUUCGUGGAGGGGAAGCACCCGCGGGAGAAGCUGCUGGUUAAGGAGGGCAAGAACUGGUGCACCGACAUCUUUGAGAAAUUCGUGAGCGUCGAUCAGUCGGUGGCGUUGGGUGAGGUGGUGCAGAGGAGUUACUGCCCGGCCAGGGCGGGCCAGCGCAGGACCAUCAUCAACAUCUACUGCUGUGACACGGAUGACGUGGUGUACAUCACCGACCCCGGCGUCAGGAAGUGUGGCACCAUCAGCCUGGAGCUGGGGGACGCGGGGGACGCGGGGCCGGCGCGGGGCCGGCGCGAGAUCCGCACCAGCAUGCAGUUUGGGGACACCGAGAUCAAGGUGACGGCGCUGGACACGCGCACGGCGCGCAGCGUGAGGGCCACCAUCGACUUCCUGUCCAACUGAGGGGACCUGGGAUGUGCCACCAUCACCUUCCUGUCAAAUCAGGCCACCCAGGAUGUGCCACCAUCAACUUUCUGUCCAACUGAUGGGAUCUAGGACCUGCCACCAUCAACUUCCUGUCCAACUAAGGGGACCUGGGACCUGCCACCAUCGACUUCCUGUCAAAUCAGGCCACCCAGGAUGUGCCACCAUUGACUUCCUUCCAACUGAGGGGACCUGGGAUGUGUCACCAUGGAUUUUCUGUCCAACUGAGCCCUUUUUGGAGACUCCACCAUUGAAGUCAUCUCCAGCUGAGACCCCCUGUAACCAUGGGGACACACCCAGGAUGUGCCACCAUGGAUUUCCUUUCCAACUGAGGGGCCCUGGGAUGUGCCACCAUCGACUUCCUGUCCAAUUGAGACCACCCAGGAUGUGCCACCAUCGACUUCCUGUCCACCUGAGGGGCCUUUUCACUGUGGGGACACCCCUGGGAUGUGCCACCAUUGACUUCCCGUCCAGCUGAGACCCUCCUGGAGAUGUCACCAUGGUCUUCAUCUCCACCUGAGGGACACUUGUCACUGUGGACACCUCUGGGAGAUGCCACCAUCGACUUCCACCCCUCCUGUCAUUGUGGCGACCAUCCCAGCACGUGGCACCAUCGAUUCCCUCCCAGACUGACCCCCCC